CCAGGCAAAAGCCCCCCCGCCCUCCAACCGCAACACCUCCCUCUCGCGGCCUUUCCCCCUCCCACCCCGCCCGGCUCUCCUCCCGGUGCGUGGCUGCCGGGAAAGCUCCCUGCGGCUCAGCUCCGCCUCCGAAGAAGGAAGGGCCGGACACGCUGCAGGCAGGGGCGCCGGCGAUCGCCGAGCGGGCCGGGCUUUCUGCUUUGCGCCGCGGCGGGCCCGGUGCUGGCUGCCAGGGCGAGCGAUGGAGCGGAGGGCGCCGGAGCGCUCGGCUGGCGGUGGCGAUCUCCUCCGGCUGGCCGCGCUGUUGCUGCUGCUUCUCUUGCCGGGGCCCGCGAACUGUGGAAAUGCCAAUUCAGUGACUUUGCCAGAGACAUUAUUGUUCGUUUCAACUCUUGAUGGGAGUUUACAUGCAGUUAGCAAGAGAACGGGGUCAAUUAAAUGGACUUUAAAGGAAGAUCCUGUACUUCAGGUGCCGCUGCACAUGGAAGAUCCUAGGCCAGCAUUUCUUCCUGAUCCCAAUGAUGGAAGCCUCUACACGCUUGGUGGCAAGAAUAACGAAGGCUUAACUAAACUGCCAUUCACCAUCCCAGAGCUUGUCCAGGCCUCCCCUUGCCGCAGUUCAGAUGGAAUUCUAUACAUGGGGAAGAAGCAGGACAGCUGGUAUGUAGUAGACCUUGCAACAGGAGAAAAACAGCAGACUUUAACCUCUUCAUUUGCUGAAAGCUUGUGCCCAUCUACCUCACUGCUGUAUCUUGGUCGAACAGAGUAUACCAUCACCAUGUACGAUACCAAGAGUAAGGAACUCCGCUGGAAUGCCACUUACUUCAAUUACGCGGCAACGUUGCCUGACGAAGACGCCCAAUACAAAAUGUCUCACUUUGCAUCUAAUGGAGACGGACUAGUGGUGACUGUGGACAGUGAGUCCGGAGACGUCUUGUGGAUCCAGAAUUACGGCUCCCCCGUUGUAGCUUUUUACAUCUGGCAGCGGGAAGGCUUAUGGAAAGUAAUGCACACCAAUGUGGGAGUGGAAACACUGCGAUACUUGACGUUCAUGUCCGGUGAAGUUGGGCGCAUCACUAAAUGGAAAUAUCCAUUUCCCAAAGAAACGGAGGCCAAAAGCAAACUGAUGCCAACACUUUAUGUAGGGAAAUACUCAACCGGCUUAUACGCUUCGCCAUCAAUGGUGCACGAAGGGGUGGCUAUUAUGCCCCGGGGAAGUCCCCUUCCAUUGAUAGAAGGCCCCAAAAUACAAGGAGUCACCAUUGAAGAAUGUGUGAUCACCCCAAGUACUGAUCUAAGGUUUCAACCUGGAUUUAAAUCAAAGAAAGGACUCCAUUAUCUGAGGAACCACUGGCUUUUAAUAGAAACCAUGUUCCUAUUUGAAGGGCAUCAUGAGACUCCAUUAUCAGCCUCAACCAGGAUCCUGGAGAAAUUUCCAAGCAACUUGCCGAAACGUCAGGAAAAUGUAAUCCCAGCAGAUUCAGACAAAAAGGUUUUUGAAGAGGCAAUUAAUAUGGCUGGCAGUCCCGGGAAGAAUUUGCCGCACCCUGUUCCAGAGAAUGCGGCCGAGACCACCAGCCAAGCUACAACCCGACCAGAGGCUCCGGUUGAUUCCAUCCUGAAGGACUUUGCCACUGUUCUCUUGAGCACUUUCCUGCUUGUUGGCUGGGUAGCCUUUGUUAUUACCUACCCCAUGAGCAUGCACCAUCAGCAACAACGCCAGCACCAGCAGUUCCAGAAACAGAUCGAAGAGAAGCUGCAGUUGUUGAAGCAGCAGCCUUUCAGACCUGCCAUAGACCUUCCUCCUGAGGCAGAAGCUCUGGAGGGUCCUUGUGUCAAGCAAGAUGGCUCAGCCGCCAGCUCACCGAAUACAUCACCCAAGACAUCAAACCACUCUGCCUACUCCAACCUCUCUGCCUCUGACGUUGGAAGCUGCCUUUCUACCGAACCAGAAGGAGAUGGAAACUCAGGCACUAUUGUCGUUGGAAAGAUUUCAUUCAAUCCAAAGGAUGUCCUUGGACAUGGAGCCGAGGGGACAAUUGUUUAUAGGGGCACGUUUGACAACAGAGAUGUUGCUGUGAAGAGAAUUCUCCCCGAAUGUUUCAGCUUUGCUGACCGGGAGGUUCAGCUGCUGCGUGAAUCUGAUGAACACCCUAAUGUAAUCCGCUAUUUCUGCACAGAGAGGGACCGCCAGUUCCAAUACAUUGCUCUGGAACUCUGUGCUGCCACUUUACAGGAGUAUGUGGAACAGAAGGACUUUGCUCAUCAUGACUUGCAGCCAAUCACCCUCUUACAGCAGACCAUGUCUGGUAUGGCUUAUCUUCACUCUCUCAAUAUAGUCCACAGGGACCUGAAGCCCCACAACAUCCUCAUCUCUAUGCCGAACGCCCAUGGCAAGGUAAAAGCCAUGAUUUCCGACUUUGGCCUCUGCAAGAAGCUUGCAGUCGGCAGGCACAGUUUUAGCCGCCGGUCUGGAGUCCCAGGCACCGAAGGUUGGAUUGCUCCGGAGAUACUGAGCGAGGACAGCAAAGAGAAUCCGACCCACACGGUGGAUAUUUUUUCAGCUGGUUGUGUUUUCUACUACGUGAUAUCAGAAGGCAACCAUCCGUUUGGCAAAUCCCUGCAGCGGCAAGCCAAUAUUUUACUGGGCGCAUACAGUCUGGAUUUCCUAAAUCUGGAGAUCCAUGAGGACAUUGUUGCCCGUGACUUGAUAGAGCAAAUGAUAAAUAUGGAUCCUCAAAAACGACCUUCGGCUAAUUGUGUCCUGAAGCAUCCUUUUUUCUGGAGCUUAGAGAAACAGCUUCAAUUUUUCCAGGAUGUGAGUGACCGGAUAGAAAAAGAAUCUCUAGAUGGUCCAAUAGUGAAGGAGCUGGAGAGAGCAGGAAGAGCUGUGGUGAAGAUGGACUGGAGAGAGCACAUAACCGUCCCGCUUCAGACAGACCUUCGAAAAUUCCGGUCCUAUAAAGGGGGCUCAGUAAGAGAUCUCUUGCGGGCAAUGAGGAACAAGAAACAUCACUAUCGAGAACUGCCACCAGAGGUACAGGAGACCCUGGGAUCCGUCCCAGAUGAUUUUGUGGCCUACUUUACGUCGCGUUUUCCUCAUCUCCUGCUGCACACUUACAACGCGAUGCGCAUCUGCUGCCUGGAAAGACUGUUCCAGCCUUACUACAUGCAGAACUCAGGCAGGCAGGUGUUUCUGGGAGAUGCUGUUUGACGGUUGGAGGUUGUCUUGCACAUUAAAGGGCCGAGGCAUUCAGCCUGCCUUAGCAGGGUGACUUGACAGACUGCAAAAGAGUGAACCAAAUCCAAAGCAAACUCUUUUGAGACACGGAGGUCUCAAAGGUGCCUUGUACUCUGCCUGCUCUGACUCAGGAAGAAAAUUCCAGGUUGAAUUUGAAGCGAAGGGAGACGGGACGGUACCAGGAUCCAGGUUUCUAAAGCAGGAGCAGUCCAAGGGAGUUCCCAAGAGGAAAAAAAAAACACGAGGUGGGGUAUUUCCCUAUCUCACUUGUGGUUUCAAAGAGACCCCUGUCGUGUAGGGUCUUGUAAUACUGGCAUUCAGGCCUUUUUACUGCACAGAAUGGUUUUGUUUUUGUUUUGUUUUGUUUUGAUUUUUUUAAAAAGGAUUGAAACGAUAACAUUGCCAAGCACCUUUUGGAUCUCAGGAAGAGAAUCCUUUUACCUGUAGCAUGCUGUCUCUGUACCACUGCCAGCUUAUGUACUUGAAGCAGAUAGAGAAUAAUUUGGAAAGGGCAUAUGGGGUAGAUCAAACAUGCCUGAUCCAAUACAGACAUGUGCCCACCUCCCACCCCCCACCCUCCAUCCCUGUCUCGGUCUCCAAUUAUAUUUGCGCAGAUCUCAACUUGUCCUUGAAAUCACAAACACGUACAAUUUCUGUACAGAGCUACUAGCUUGCAGAUAUGGAAUCAUAAUGUUAAACUCUACAUAGCUGGAGAAAAUUAUUGUUCCAAUGCUAUUUCAGGUUUCUUUUCAAGAAUGUGAAUAGUUAGCUGUGUAAUUGAAGCGCAAGAAUUGACAGAAGUGCUUUAUUCCGUUUGUCGGAUUAAGACGGUAACUCUGUACUCUUCCCGGGAGCGCUACUGAAUUCAGUGGGGCUUGUUUCUGAAUAGACAAGUAUAAGAUUGCACUGUAAGAUGUUCGCCCAAAUGAACAGUUAGUAGGAGAAAAAAGCUUUGGGUGUAAAUUACCCUUUAAAAAGUAUAGGGAAAACAGGCACAUGGUUACCGGGGGUCUUGCUAGAUCAUUCAAACCCAGUUUUCUUUACGCACAGACUCUUGUGGGAAGCUAAAUGGAUGGAUUUGCUUCCCAUGCUGAAGGUUGUGGUUUUCCUUUCCAGUAUCUUUAAAACUAGGGUGUGUGCAGAACAAAUAAGAAUCCCCAACGGCGUGCUCCAAAGUUGACCUAUUUGUAAUGCUCUUUUACAAAAUAUUUAUUUUGUGUAUUUAUAUUUAUUUAAUUUUUAUCACAAGUUAGUACCGCAUUGAAAAUGGUACAGGUGAAACAUGCCAAAUUGCUCUUUUUCUAAUAAAAACAAAGCCCUCUUCAGGGUAGUAAUUGAUUUAAAAAAAUAAAAUAAACAUGAAGAAGGAAAUCCAUAGAAAACAUCUUUUCCAUUGACUUGUUCAUUUUCGUUCAAUCUGGAUAAAAAUGUUUUUUAAGAUGAGGGCUUUAAUCUACAUUCCUGUGCUUGUUGUGAGUCUUAAAUUAGUAAAUUAUUAAUGGCUAAUUAUGUGAUCGGGCAUUAAUAUGGGGACUUGGUUUCUGCUUUGUCUUUUGUCCUGUUUAUUUAGGGCUUUAUAUUACAGGGAGUUCCCCCCCCCUAGUUUUAGGAUACACAAUGAAUAUUAAGGUAAGAUAUCCAAAGAGAAACAUUACAGGAUUUCAAAGCUUGAAAAUAAUGAUAGUCUUAAGCUAACUUAAUUGAAAUCAUAUUUUUGUAGUUCUAUUUGUACAGGACUUUUAUAUUUCUUCUGAGUAAGAGCUUCACACAAAUCAAGAAUAAAAGUAGAUUUUUGAAA